AAAAAAUAAUACCCGUACGAUGAAAUACCCUAGAUAAUCUAACCAACUCUCUCUAAUCUCAAACUAGCGGUACAGAGACAACAUCAAACGAAUAACUAAUUUCUAACCUCUAAAUCGCAUUUUUUUUUAUUAAUAAUUAUUUCUUUGGUGCCGAGCGACACUUUGUACUAAUCAAUCUUCAUCAAUGUGUAAAGAGGAAUCAAAUAAACACAAGUUUAUUUCCAAAUCUAAACAGAUUGCAGGAAAGUAAAUAUUUAUCUUAUUAGUCUGCAGAGUGGCGUAUGGAUAAAUACUUCAAGAACCUGUUAGUUGUUAAAAACCAAAUCUGCUUAAAUUUAUUUCAAUAUCUAUUGAUCAAUUCAACAUAGUAAUUAUAUCUUUUUUAAUAUAUGAAUCAGUUAUUUAUACAUAUUUAACAAUGGAGAAGGAAAGAUUUACUAUGCUCCUUUUGGAACCGGGAGAAAUAUUUUUUGAAGAUUAUAGCGUGCAAAUGAGAAAGGUAGAUUGUCCAAAUCCUGGAAAUAAGCAAUGGAUGGAUGGACGCUUAAAACUAUGUUCCAAAUCAUUGGUCUUUGUAAAUAAAGAUAUAAAUCAGCCAUUAAUCAAGAUUCAACUUAAGGAAGUUACAUCUGUAGAGCAGUGUACAUUGAGCAAAGAUACAACUGAGAAUAUGCUGUCAGUAGAUUGUAAACGACAUGUGGAAAUGUUAGAGAAAAAUAUAUUAGCACCGUACAGAUUUAUACACCAGAAUACUGUGUUUCAUUUCUGCUUUAAUUAUGCAAAGAUAGAAGAUUGCCUUCCGCUAAUUUUGCAAUUGCACAGAGCAGCGAGUUUAGUGACUGUUGAGCAAAAUGCUAUGAUUAUGGCUAUUGUGCACUCCAGACAAUCGCGGGUAUCCUUUGACACAUCGUGGCUCGAAGACUUGUAUGAACAAGUAGUCUUGGAGACACAAGCAAACAAAGUGUUACCACUUGUGAUAAAUCCAGGUAGAGUGUUGCUAACAACUUCAAGAAUUUAUUUUCAACCUUACAAUAAUAUGGAUCAGCAUCCUGUGCUCAAGAUUCAUCUGAAAGAUAUACUGAACAUUAUAAAGAGGAGAUUUCUGUUGCGACAAGUGGGUCUUGAAAUAAAGUCGACGCGACAAACUGACAGUAAAACCGAACAUUUAUUUCUGUCGUUUCAAAAUCACGACGAUCGAGACAAGCUAUACGACAAUUUGCUUGAACAAUCGGCAGUGUCUCUAGAAACUGUACCUCCGAAUCAAAUGACAAUAAGAUGGCAGAACGGAUAUUUAUCGAAUUAUGAUUAUAUUUUAUACGUAAAUAGUUUGGCAGAUAGAACGUUUCAUGAUUUGACGCAAUAUCCAGUAUUUCCUUGGAUCAUACAAGACUAUACUUCUGCGACUUUAGAUUUGAAUGAUAUCAGUGUUUAUAGAGAUCUCUCGAAACCUAUCGGUGCAUUAAAUCCUACCCGUCUGGAAAAACUAAAAGAACGAUAUCUGGAAAUGUCCGACCCAAAGUUUUUAUAUGGUUCUCAUUACAGCGCACCAGGAUUUGUGUUAUUUUAUUUAGUACGAAAAUAUCCUCAAUAUAUGCUCUGCUUACAGAACGGAAGAUUUGAUCAUCCAGACAGAAUGUUCAACAGUGUAGCUGACGUGUGGAAAAAUGUUUUGGUGAAUAUGUCUGACUUUAAAGAACUGAUACCAGAGUUUUAUGACAUUAGCAACGGUGGUGAUUUUCUAAUAAAUAGUUAUGGUAUCGAUUUUGGCUAUAGACAUGACGGUACAAAAAUAGGCGACGUACAACUUCCUCCUUGGGCGAACGGACCAUCUGAUUUUGUACAACAACUGAGAAAUGCCUUAGAAAGUGAUUAUGUUUCUCAAAAUCUUCAUCAUUGGAUUGAUUUAAUUUUCGGAUACAAACAAAGAGGAAUUGAAGCCGAAAAGGCUGAUAAUGUAUUUUUCCAUUUGUGUUACGAAGGAGCGGUGGAUUUAGAUACCAUACGAGACAUAAACGAUAGACACGGACUCGAAGUCCAAAUUAUGGAAUUCGGUCAGAUACCGAAGCAAGUCUUCACUCUACCUCAUCCAAAGCGUUCGACAUCGGUUUCAAAUUUAUUAUACAGUGAAACAUUAUUGGCUUCACCAGAAACUAUGUCUUCAGACAAUGCAUACGUAAAAGAAGAUUCAUUUCAUCUCAAAGAACUAAUAGUAUUUCAAGCGCAUAAAGACUGUGUGAGAAGUAUCGUGCAAAAAAAUACAAGCAACGAAAUCAUAUCAGUAGGACAAGAUGGAACACUAAAGCUGUACGAUAUAAGCGAAAGAAAAUUAACACGUAGCGUUAUCUUAUCCUCUUUGUCACUAUCGUCUUGCAUCUCGUAUUACACACCGUCACAACGGAACAUUCUCGUGGCAGGAUCGUGGGACAAUACAUUGAUAUUUUAUGAUAUCGAAUUUGGUAGAGUAAUCGACGUUCUGCAAGGACACGAGGACGCGGUAUCGUGUUUAGCAUGGAGCGCCACUCAUCAGGUCAUUAUAUCGGGAUCAUGGGAUUGCACCGCAAAAGUUUGGCGCGGAUAUACUUCCGGAUCGAAAAUUAAGCCUGCGGAGUACUUUAUCGCUCAAUUAGAUCACGAUUCUAAAAUAACUUGCAUUAACAUAUCGAAAGACGACACUAUGUUAGUGUCCGGUACGGAAGACGGAGAACUGUGUUUGUGGGGCAUGGAUAGUUACAACUUGCAAUCCACUAUCAAAGGUCAUACAUGCAAGAUAAACGCGAUAACAUUCGAUAAACAGGGUGACAGCGUGAUAUCAUGUGCGGAAGACAAAGUAUUUAAUAUAAUAGACGUUCGAACGAGUACACAAAUAUAUUCCGUUAACUUGGAAACCGUACCGUUGACGUUAACGUGGAUGGAUAUGUUCCUGUUGAUAGGCGAUGAUAACGGGAAUCUGAACAUAUGGAAUCAUCAGAAGGCUGUAUUUGUUUCACAAAUACAUUGCCACGAUGGGUCUCUUUGUGCCUUAACCCUAGCAACUGAUAGUAAUUUGAUAAUAACAGGUGGAAAAGACCGAAAAGUCAUUGUGUGGGAAUGUCAAGGUCAAUGAUACAGUAUUACGAGUGAUCGCAAUUAGUGUAUAAAAAAAAAAAAAACUGCGCGUGAUAAUGCAGAGAUAUAGGCCUAAACGAAAUUCUAUUUAGUAACAUAGUAUUUUUAUUAUUCUUUUGUUACAUUAGAGAAUAAUCGGAAUUUGUACAUAGAAUAAGUAACGGAGACCUUUAUCACAAAUUUCUCAAUUCCUGUACAACUUUUGUAUUCCAGGGAAAAACAGAAAAAAGUGAGUUUCUUCAUUUGACUAUUUAUACUAUAAUGAUAUGUAGAGUUAUAUACAUUUCGCUGUUUUGCGAAAUGAUACAUUUUCUAUAAGCUAUGUUGUGUCAGUCUUCCUAUUUUAAUCCGUUGUGUGUCGAGUAGAGCGUCGGUGACUUUCCGUUCAUACUGCGUGAUUCGCAUAUGUACACACGUAGUCAAAAAAGUUUACUUACACCAUAGAGAUACCUUGUAAUAUUUAUUAAAAGUAUAAUAAUAAUUAUUAUUGAUACAAACAAGAGAUAACAUUUAAAAUAGCAAAGCAAAAAUUUAUUAAGUUCUUGUUAUUUACGUAUUUUAUGAUAUAAAUGUUAAAAAAAGUAACAAGUAGUUACAUUCAAUAGCGAAAGUAUCAAACAGUUUGGAACGGAAAGUUUGUAUGCAACUCAUGUGGCACAGAACAUGUUAGGAAAGAUUGUAAUUUCAUAAUGUGAUAAAAACUAUUGUAUAAAACAUCAUUGUAUUUAAUAUAUUAUAUGUUAUGUUAUAUACGUUAUAUAUAUU